AUGCUUGCUGGGCGCAACAAACGCGUGCGGUGCUACUCGUAUGAUGCCCUGCUACGAUUGUGCCACGCCAUAUAUAACAUCGACUGGACCUCUCGAAACGAUACGAAUUACGACGUGCCAUCCAUGUCUGAAUGGAAACGUGUUGCUUCGCAAUCUGGGAAAGCGCCGGAAGAUGAAGUCGAAGAAGAUUCUUGGCCCGAUAACGACGUUGAACAACAGAAACAACAACAACAGCAGCAGCAACAGCAACCUACGCGACUUGUGCUCACCAGUGGAUUGGCAUUGAAGCAACAUUAUGUGUGCAACGAUGUGGUACUUCAAGAAUUCUACUACAAGUUUCCAGACUGUAAAGACGUUCUGCGCCUGCAAACGUAUCAGACGAGUGCCUACGUAUUCGCUGCAGUGCUUCAACGCGACAAGAUCGUUGUCUGGCAACAACGGCGGCGUGACCAACAGCAAUCAUCAUCUUCAUCGAAUGACUGUAAAUGGAGGCUGAGCCCCUUUUACAAAUUUAAAGUUUACUGGAUUCCUGCGGAGCCACGCUGGAUUUCGUUUGCAGAUGAUAGAAUUACCUUGCGGUACCUCUUGGCGAUCUUUUCCACUGAAGCCACAGCCAUCGGAUUACGCAACAGCAAGGUACGCACAGUCCCUAUCGACCCAAAACUCGCAGAACUAUACCAGAAAACAUGGUUACGCGAACAAUCACGCUCUCAUUCAUCACCUCAUCCACCACCUUCACCGAGCGAUAACACUGCAUCUUCAUCAGCAUUACCACCUUCAUCCUCGUUUCCGACUUUACCCACGACUACAACUCCUGAUAUCCAAUGGUCAUCGUUGAUCCAGCUACCAUUUUAUCCAAAUCCAUUGACGACUUCCUUGACAAGCGACUACAGCAACCCACCUUCUUACGAUGCUGUUGUCACAUCAUCGCCCUCUGAAGCCGUCGAUCCCGUCGCUCUCUCAUCCACAAUGUCACCGCAACUGUUUUUCGCCACACUGUGCCGCCAGAGUUAUAUUAUUGACUUGAUCGGUGGUCUCUUUUCGACCCUGGUGUACCACUGGACGCACGAGCCACAGCAUAUCGAGUUUAUCCAGUUAGCAGAGGACGAUUGGUGUGCUGUUGGAUUCGGCCGUGAAAGCGUCGAAUUAUUACACAUGCGCACGGGCGAAAGGAUACAUCGCAUCAUGAAUAGCGUUCCUGUAUGCUUUCUCGGUCGUUGGGAUAUCAAGGAAGCGGGAAAAAAGAAGGUCAAGGCUUUGUUUUGGUGUUGCGCCACGCCACAGGAUAAUGCCCACAUAUAUAUGCUGCAGGGUAAUAACAGCCCUCAUACCACCGCCCCUUCUACUAGUAAUACCAGUAGCACCACUACUGAUGUCCCUUCCUAUACUGCCUAA